AUGUCAAAUCAUGCCGCGAAGUCAUACCCUUUCAUCAGCACUCUGCGCAACUGUGUGAAGAAGCAAGAGUUCAAGUGGACGCCUGAAGCAGAGAGUGCUUUUCAGCAAAUGAAGGAGUGUUUGAUCGAACUCCCAACCCUGACUGCACCGUUCGAAAAGGAACCGCUCAUCUUGUACUUGUCAUCUUCAGACAAGGCAGUGGGUUCGGUAUUGCUUGUAGAAAGGAAUGGAGUCCAGACUCCAACCUACUAUGUUAGUAGAAUGCUCCCGGAUCCAGAAACGAGAUAUUCAACGAUGGAGAAACUGGUACUGGCACUGCUACACGCCUCCAGAAGGCUGCGCCGAUACUUCACAGGCCACGUCAUCACCGUACUCACCAAUUUCCACAUUGGGACGAUAUUACAGAAAUCGGAGAUAUCAGGGCGAUUAGCAAAAUGGGCGAUCGAACUAGGGGGCCACAACAUCCUGUAUAGACCACGCCCAGCCAUUAAGGUUCAAGUCCUUGCAGACUUUAUCACAGAAGUCCUAGCGGAAAAGAUCAAAGAUUGCGAGAUCGUCGAAACUCUCGUGAAAGAUACAUCUGAUGGGUUAUGGUUGCUAUACACUGAUGGGGCCUCAAACAAAGACGGCGCAGGAGCAGGAUUGCGCCUUGUGAGCCCCGAAAAACAUGAAUUUACGUAUGCCAUCUGGUUGGAUUUUAAGAAUACCAACAACGAAGCAAAGUACGAGGCAUUUCUGGCAGGCUUACGUCUCGCCAUAAAAAUGGGAGCUAAAAAUCUGCAAGCGCACGUUGAUUCACUUUUGAUUGCCAGUCAAGUCAACGGAAUCUAUGAUGCAAAAGGCGACGUUAUGGCCUUAUAUUUGGAUCAGGCAAAAGAGCUGCUUCAUAAAUUCAAGUCAUACAAGGUAGUACACAUCAAUCGUUCUGAAAACAAACAGGCAGACGCCUUAAGCAAGCUUGCCUCAACUUCCUUUCAACACCUCACAAAAGAAGUAAGGAUCAAAGUACUCAAAAGCCCAUCAGUCCUAAUGCGCCUGGUAAAUGUCAUCGAAAUAGGGCAGCCAUCCUGGAUGACCCCUAUUAUUCAGUAUCUGCAGGAAGGGACACUCCCGGAGAACAAAGCAGAGGCAAGAAAGAUUCAAAACAAGGCCCUGCAUUAUGAGAUGAAUGGUGGUAUUCUAUACCGAAAGUCCUUCUUGGGGCCCUUACUGCGCUGCGUGGACCCCCAAGACGCGAACUACUUAAUAAGAGAAAUCCAUGAAGGGAUCUGUGGCAUCCAUGCAGGACCGCGCAUGGUUGUUGCGAAAAUUAUGAAUGCUGGAUAUUAUUGGUCAGGGAUGCAUGUCGACGCCCUGAAGGAGCUGCGCAAAUGCGACUCUUGUCAGCGGCAUUCUCCAAAGACCCUGCGCCCAAAAAAUGAUCUCAUCCCAGUAUCCACUGCUUGGCCUUUUCAACAGUGGGGGAUUGAUAUGGUGGGACCCUUCCCAGACGCUCCGGGAGCCGUGAAAUUUAUAAUCGUGGCUGUUGACUAUUUCACCAAGUGGGUGGAGGUCAGGGCCCUCGCUUCAACCACCGCAAUGAUGGUGCACAAGUUUAUCUGGGAGCACAUCAUCUGCAGAUUUGGUCUUCCACUCAAAAUCGUCACUGACAACGGUGCCAAUUUUGCUUCUGAGGAUCUCCAAAAUUGGAUGAAGGAAAUGAAGAUCGAGCAUACCUUUUCGUCCGUUGCGCAUCCUCAAGGCAACGGUCAAGUGGAAAGCGUCAACAAAGGUAUCGUCGAGGGGAUAAAAGCCCGACUGGGCACAAAGAGAAGGGGCUGGGUAGAUGACCUCCCAAGCAUCCUAUGGGCUCAUCGAACCAUGCCGAAGACAAGCACCGGCGAGACUCCUUUCAGCCUAGUAUACGGCUCGGAAGCAGUUAUCCCGGCAGAAGUUGGACUCCCCUCACCGCGCUUGACAGCAGUCAACACGCUUGAUAAUAAGGCAGAGCGCCGUCUUGAUUUGGAUCUCCUGGAAGAAAGACGCGAAAUUGCGCGUAUCAAAGAGGCAAAAUACAAGACACAACUGGAAAGGUACUACAAUGCGAGAGUCCGCAUUUGUACCUUCACUCCAGGAGAGUACGUUUUUCGAGAUAACGAAGCUUCGAACGCCGAACGCCCAGGAAAACUAGCACCCAAAUGGGAAGGCCCAUACUUGGUUCACGAAGUGCUAGGCAAGGGGGCAUACAAAUUGUGA